GAGCAGUAUCAAAAAGAGUUUGAACUGUUAUUGAGUCCCUCCACUUUUCCCCAUCAGCAAUUAGAAAUCAGUGAUUUAUUAACAGUCUAUUUUCCUAAUUCAGAAAAUAUUCCUGAAAGGCACAGAGCCUUGCCUAAAGAAUUAGAAAAGUUAAUUACAACAACUCUUUUAAAGUUGGAGAAUGAGGACUUAAAGAAAAAACAAGAGCAAUUACCCAGUAAUGAGAAUUUUGAAAAAUUAACUAAGCAAAACCAAGCCUGA